UUCCGAGUCCAUUCCGGGAGCGGGAGCCUAUCUUGUUUGCCGCCGAGGCCCUCGCUGGAGGAGGAGGGUCAGAGCUCGGGUGCAGCCAAUCGCGGGCAACGCUGCUAGUUAUCAGAGCAGAAUGGGCUGUAGUUUAGUGAAAUAGGAAAGCUGCAAAACACUGUGGAGUGCUCYCGUGUAAAUAAAAAGAGGAAAAAAAAGUUUCUCAAGUCGCCGCUGCACGACGUCGGGCCGGUGCCGGGGCGGGGGUCUGCGCUCUUCCGAGCGGCCGCGCGCUGGACUUUAUUGUGCCGCAACAAGCCCCCGUCCCCAUUGUUUGUGUUUUUUUCAAAAUAUGGCAAAGGUUCAGGUGAACAAUGUAGUGGUGCUGGAUAACCCUUCUCCUUUCUACAACCCGUUCCAGUUCGAGAUCACCUUCGAGUGCAUCGAGGACCUGUCUGAAGACUUGGAAUGGAAAAUUAUCUAUGUGGGCUCUGCAGAAAGUGAAGAAUAUGAUCAAGUUUUAGACUCUGUUUUAGUGGGUCCUGUUCCUGCAGGAAGGCAUAUGUUUGUAUUUCAGGCUGAUGCACCUAAUCCAGGACUCAUUCCAGAUGCAGAUGCCGUAGGUGUAACAGUUGUGCUAAUUACUUGUACCUAUCGAGGUCAAGAAUUUAUUAGAGUUGGCUAUUAUGUAAAUAAUGAAUACACUGAGACAGAAUUAAGGGAAAAUCCACCAGUAAAACCAGACUUUUCUAAGCUUCAAAGGAAUAUUUUGGCAUCUAAUCCCAGGGUCACAAGAUUCCACAUUAACUGGGAAGAUAACACAGAAAAACUGGAAGAUGCAGAGAGCAGUAAUCCAAAUCUACAGUCACUUCUUUCAACAGAUGCAUUACCUUCAGCAUCAAAGGGAUGGUCCACGUCAGAAAACUCACUAAAUGUCAUGUUAGAAUCCCACAUGGACUGCAUGUGACCACCUGCCAUCCCUUUAGUACAGAUUAAGCUAUUAAAAACAGAACUAUUUCCCUGAAAUUCCGUAAGUACAUAGUCAAGACACAAUGUGAAGAAUUUGUUUAAAAACAUCCUGUAGAAAGUUUAUAAGAAAACCAGUAUUUGAGCAAAUUGUGGAAUAUAAAUACAACUAUUUUUAAGUAAUUUUUUUUCUCUAAUGUGUUAUUUUAUUUGUUCUGAAACUAAUCUGAUUAAAGCAUAUAUAUUAUUUUCUUCUCCUUUAUAUGUAAUUAAAGCACUUAUAAAAAGGAAAAUAUGAACCAUCAAACCAGAUUGUGAAGAUGUCUUAGCCUCUUGGACAAUAAUCUUGGGACCACUAUUUUACUGGCCUUUGAAAGAACAAAGUUGACUUCAACUAAAUGUUUCUUCCUGUGAAGACAAAGUGUGGUUUUAAUUUAAGAGGCAAAUUUCCACUGAUUAACAAAAAGGAGUCCUUAAAAGGGGAAUUUGAAGUCAACUAAAAACGACCAAGAACUUUAGGUUUCAGUUUUUCCAGGCCACCAUAACAUCUUGUAGCUGCUAUUAUAGUUCAUGUAAUAUUGGACAGUAGUUGGUUUGGUUUCUAAAAUAAUAACAAAUGUGGCUAAUUGUUUAUAAGRUCCUCUGGCUAUGGUUUUGGUUUUAUAACAGGACAUCAAAACACAUGAACUAUAACUCAUUUUUGAACAGUGAUUUCGACAUAUCAAGAGCAUAUAAACUCCCUAAGUUUAAGAACAUGAGAUUAUAAUAGCUCAAAUAUGCUUAUUAGAUUUAUAAAAGUACUAUGAACUUUAAAAAUUCUUUUGAUAGAUCAUCUGUUGUUGGCACUAUUUAUAUAAAAACAGUGGAUUUAGAAAGGUAUAUUUAGCUUUAUCAUAACAGAUUAGUUACUAUUUUGGAAAUAACUAUAUUUUCACAUCUAUACUACUCUUCCCCAUGUCCUCUGACAACUCGAGAAGAAUAGGAUCAGGCAUAUUUGUAGUUGACACAUUCUAGAUAGCUUUUCUAGAUAACAGGUUUUUGAAAAGCAAUAAUGGAAAGGAAUUUAUUAACUAAAUGGGUCAAAGGUUAUUUUUCUUUGAUGAUAUCUAGGUACUUCAAAAAGUCUCUAUACUCCAUUAAAUUAAAGGUAGAAUAUUUUCAUUUGACUCUUGCUGCUAAGCAAGGUAGCCAUAUGAUUACAGCUUAUGCAGUGCCUUCAUAUCUAAAACUUUUAUACUGCACUUUUUAAAGUUUUUAUUUUGAGGAAAAGAAAAAGCAUUUGUCUAAAUACAGACUCUUAAGUUGUAUAUAUUUCAUGUCAUUCUAAAAAAGUGAAUUUGUGAAGCAAAGUUUUGCUAAAUAUUAAACUUUGGAAUUUAAUAUGCCAGAUUAUUAGAAUAUUAUCCAUUAACUAGUUCAUCGAUUUUAAAAGCAAAAUGCCUCCGACUGUUAAAACUAUAUGAAGAAAAUAUCAUCUUUGUCUAAAUGAAAUUAAAAGAAAAUGUUAAGGUAUUAAAAUGAAAAUAAAAGUAAUACUUUCCAACAAA